GUGAGAACUUGAAAGGCAAGUGUUUCAGUACUUUGUUUCACAUAAGAUGAAGGCAAUCAACAAAUCUUGAGCAGUCUUCAACUUAGCGUCAGCUGAAGAAGAUCAAAUCUCAGUGCUCCACAAGAAUACAAGUGAAAAGUCAGCCAUAAUGAUGUUGGUAGCGUUAGCAGUAUUGGCACUGUUUGCAAGUGCCGCUCAGGCGAAGCCCUUCGUGGUAGGGCACGUCAGCGAGGGACUCUGCCCAAACAUCACUGAAAAAUAUGACUUCGAUCCUGUGCCGUACCUCGGCCGAUGGUACGAAAUCGAGAGGUUCGAGAUGAUCUUCGAGAGCCAAAUGGACUGUGUGAACGCCAUCUACAGCGACCUAGGCGAAGGAUAUGUCGAAGUCCACAACUCUGCCAGGAAAAAAGACGGAACCCCAACCGAUAUCAUAGGAAAAGCACAUGCCAUAGCACCUGGUGUCUUGUUGGUCGAGUUUGCUGGACAUAUUCCAGCGGAAUACCACAUCCUGGACACCGAUUAUGAGAAUUUCUCCUCAGUGUACAACUGCAUCCAGGAAGGAAUUCUUCGUUUCCAGUUCGCUUGGGUACUGUCCAGGACAAUGACGCUAGAUGAGGCCAUCUACACCCACGCUAAGCAGGUCUUCGCCGAUAAUGACAUCGACGUCACGAUCUUCCAGACCACUUAUCAGGGAGACGACUGCCCUUAUCCCUAAGUCGCCUCUCAUCUCUUAUCUGAUACAGUGGUUCUCAAUCUUUUUUAGCCAUCGCACACUCUCAUCAUAUGUCAGAAUGUCAUCCCCCUCCAUACACUCCAACAUCCUUUCCAAAAUUGUCUUCUUCAAAAGGUUCAUUCCACAUAAUAAGCAACAAUGCUCCCACGAACACAAAAGCUGGUGAUGAGAAAGCCAAGCGUGACCUUUCAUUAGUGUGGAUCGAUGGCAUUUGUGUGGAACUAGACCCAGUUUGAGCCUGCCAAUCUGUGGUCACAAUUCCGCCUCCACCCCCGGCAACCCCCACCCACACUUAAACUCUGAAAUUCCGCCUUAGUGGGGAAUGAACCUCUGAUUGAGAACCACUGUAGACUUAUCAGCUACGUCAGGAAUCUUCCGCCAUUGCCAAUAAUAUGAAAUAACUACGGCUUCCAUAGCACACCGAGAAAUACGUAAAUGGGACAGGUUUUCAAAAUUGUUAAUUUCAUCAAAUAUGUUCUUUUAUCAGCUUCAUUGACAAUAAGUUCAUGAUUCAGCCUGAUGUUUUGACGAAAAUACUGAAUACACUAUCACUGAUAA